UGAAAUCACAACCACAUGGGCUGAAUGAGCACUCUUUAAAACCUCCCCCUAUAUCAUCUCACUUUACAAAAUUCUCUAAGUUGGGUGUCCAAAAAACUUUCCUUCCAAGUUAGAAAAUUCUCCACACUUCGAAUUACUUUUGUCAUACUGUAUAUGUUUAAAGUUCAAUCAAACAGUUUUUAUUUUUUUAGUUUACUUGUGUUCCGUUAAAUCGGCGGAGUAACCAACUUUAAUAAUGUACAUAUUAUUUUAGACUCGAUAAAAUUUAGAGAGUAACUUUUAAACAUUUGGAUUAUAUUUAUAUUUAAAGAUGGGAGGAUAUGAUUAAUGUUUCCAAAUUAAAGGAGUUGCACGUUCCAAUGUUGAAUAUUGCAUCCAAUCAUCCUGCUCAUGCACACAAUGAUACUAUAUGCUUCUCCAUUUAUAUAUAGAUGCAUCAUUUUCUGUGUCCAGGAGCUUCCUCCUACAAAGGCUCUCCUUCACUCCUCUGUUGUACGGUCUGUUUCUCCACGCCUUUUCUUUUCUUUCAUUCUUUUCUUCUUCCCUUUAAUUUCGAUCUUCCUCCCAUUUUUUAUCCUCAACUAACAUUCCUCAUUUAAAUUGGGAAUUGGAAUGAUCCUACCAGAAUUCACAAAGCCCACUUUGAUUCCCCCGCAGAGACGGCUACCGGCAACGCAAUGGCGGCGCCCCAUUCCGAUCCCAACAUGUCCUCCUCCUCCGCCGCCGAAGACGAAUUCAACAACCGCAACAGCAGCUACUCCGGCUUCGAGGCCAGCCGCCUCAGCGGCGAGGGCUCUCCCAUGAUGAUGUCGCCCUGGAACCAGAGCACCGCCUUCACCAAAACCCUGUGGGCCGACGGCGACGGUAAUGCCUCUCAGAAGCUCCCCCUCAACGGCCUCGUCGGAUCCCUCGUCCGGGAGGAGGGCCACAUCUAUUCCCUCGCCGCCCGCGACGGGAUUCUCUACACCGGCUCCGACAGCAAGAACAUUCGGGUCUGGAAGGAGAUGAAGGAAUUCGGGGCUUUCAAAUCAAACAGUGGGCUUGUCAAAGCGAUUAUAAUCUCCGGCGACAAGAUCUUCACCGGCCACCAGGACGGCAAGGUUCGGGUCUGGAAGGUGAACCCCAAGAACCCGUCCGUGCACAAACGAGCCGGGACUUUCCCGACGUUCUUCGACAUAUUUAAGGCCUCAAUCAAGCCGAGCAACUACGUCGAGGUGAAGCGGAACCGGACCGCCCUGUGGAUUAAACACUGUGACGCCAUUUCUUGCCUGAGCAUGGAACCGGAGGCAGGGCUUUUAUACUCUGCUUCCUGGGACAGGACAUUUAAGGUGUGGAGGGCAGGGAACUCGAAAUGCCUUGAAUCCGUCAAGGCCCAUGACGAUGCCGUCAACUCUGUUGUGGCGAGCUCCGGCGGGAUGGUCUACACCGGCUCCGCCGAUGGGACCGUCAAGGUAUGGAGGAGAGAAUCCACCGGCAAAGGUGUCAAACAUAUCUCCGUUCAGACACUUCUUAGUCAAGAGUGUGCGGUGACAGCGUUAGCCGUAAACAAAUCCGGGUCGGUUCUGUACUGCGGGUCGUCGGACGGGGUGGUGAAUUUCUGGGAGAGGGAGAAAGAGAUGUCACACGGUGGGGUCCUCAAGGGACACAAAUUAGCCGUGCUCUGUCUCGCGGCAGCGGGUAAUACUGUGUUUAGCGGAUCAGCGGAUAAGACAAUUUGCGUGUGGAAGAGAGAAAGGUCGGUCCACACUUGUCUAUCGAUCUUGACGGGUCAUAACGAACCCGUCAAGUGUUUAGCGGUGACGGAGGAUAAGGAAUCGAGCGAGAGUGAUCAAAGGUGGAUUGUUUACAGUGGGAGCCUUGACAAGUCAGUAAAAGUGUGGAGUGUCUCGGAAAUGUCAUUGGAUAUGCCGCUACGCCCCAAUGCAGACUCCGCUUGGGAUUCCAUUCCAUCUGCUAAGUAUUGAUCCAUUUGAUUAUAUUUAUAUAUCAAUCACAUUUGAGUGAACUACCAAAUAGAUGGAUGACUGGUUAGAGGAGUAAACUUGACCCUUCCAUAGAGUGAGAUUAUUAUUUUGGAGUAUAACCUUACUUAUUGUUGGGUAAGGAUGGUUGGAAUGUUCUUAUGAUCGAUAUUUAUAGAUAUGUAUGUUGUUUAAUUUUGUAAACUGAUAUAUGGCUUAUGGCUACUACUUUUAAGUUAUUGAGUUUCUGCUUGUGAAAAUACAACAUUAUGUAUUAUUUGCACAUUUAUGUGCAUGUCUCUAUAAGAUACGGAGUAAUCAUUUUUUUGUUACUAAAA